AUGCCUGAAGUCCUUGGAUUUACGGCGACAGGACGAGUUGCGUGGUUUUACCGUGGUACCUGUGUUCCUGUGAACUACGUCUCGGCAUACCUACCAAUUGAUGAAAAUAUCCGAAUCUCGGAAAUGUUCAGGAACUUCGCUUUCAAAACUGUUAUAAUUAACAUGUCCCCCAAGGAUCUAACGGAUGCGCAGCCAAGCAACAAUAAAAUGCCUAACUCGAAGACCACGGAGUCGAACAUCCGGGAGCGUCCAUCCACUUCGUCCGUGUCCUCUGCCACUUCUGCGAACCGAAUACAAGAAGAAGCGUCGACCUCAAAUGCUUCGAACGGUCCACCUUCGGUUUCAGAUCCCCGUCUUCCAAUUUUCCCGUUCGGAAUGUACCAGCUUUUCAGUAGGAAUCCUUUAAUGAACCCCUUUCUAUCUUCAUUUCCACUUCGGGCGUUGUCGACUAUGGCUCCUCGCGAUAACUUGGUUAACCCUGCGCUCUCAGUUAACUCUUUUUUACCAAGCGGGGAUCUCACCAUGCCAUGGUCAUCACGUUCAUGCCCAGGAUUCUUCAACAACGUCGGUUCUGGUUGGGGUGCAUUUCUUAAUCCACAUUUACCAUAUACCGGAGAGUCAUCUUUUCUUCCGAUUCCGCAAACUUCGACUGCAUCACCGAAUCUAUCCGGUGCAGUUGAAACGUCAGUGAACCAAAAUGCAUCCUCUAGCAGUGCUACGUAUGGAACGAAAUCGUCCGCGUCAUCUGCGGAUCGAGUGCAACAUACGAGUGAACCUGUUUCACAGGCGUUCAUCCAUACGGCUCCUUCUAAUGUGCCAUUUAAGAAGAGGCGGUUUUUUUCCGUCCAAGCUGAAGUGAAGCCUAAUAUCAUCAAAAAGACAGUCCUACCUCAGCGUCGCCCUCUUGGCAUGCAACUACCAUCCCUCCACCCAGGAACUCAAAACGUUAUGGCUUCCAUAUCUGGACCUUUGCAACCUACUGUAGUGUCUUGCAAUGCGAUUGCUGGCACGUCAAGAGCCUCCUCUGAAGCACCAUGUUCUGCACAAGUUCAAGACAUGACAAAGCUGAUUCCCAACCCAUGCAAUUCGAAGAAUGAGAACUCUUCCACUUCUUCGUCUACGCAAUGUACACGCACAAGUUCUGGUUCAUCUGUCGGUCUGCCUCCAUUCAUGGUUCGUAUGGACUCGCAAUGCAUGUGUCGUGGCACUAUUCGAUCAACGGGAAAUCCUCCUAGGUACUACCCUUCGGGCAAGAAGAUUGGUCGUCCUCCUGGUACUUACAAGCGCGUUGAUUUAGGAUCAUCACUUGGAUCGUCCUCAUCUAAAAUCAAGGGAACUACAUUCAAUGAUGUUCUGCGGAAAGAAGUCGAAGAAACGAACGUUUCAAAUGAAGUGGUGGAUGUUGAAACUUUGACAGAGGAGAAGUGUGAGUGGGGUUCCUGCCAGCUCAUCUUCUCUACUCAAAAGGCUCUGGUGGACCACGUAGCCGAAUGUCACGUAAAUAUUUCAAACAGAGAUUGGGUAUGCAGGUGGAGGGCAUGUGACCGCACGGAACCGUUCCGUGCACUGUAUAUGCUCGUCGUUCAUGUGCGGAAACAUACAGGGGAGAAACCAAAUGAGUGCACGCAUCCAGGCUGCAAUAAGUCGUAUAGUCGUCUUGAAAACUUGAAAACUCAUAUGCGAACCCACACAGGAGAGAAACCGUAUGCCUGCGAAAUCCCUGGGUGUCCUAAAGCCUUCAGCAAUGCUAGCGAUCGUGCAAAACACCAAAAUAGGACUCAUUCUAAUCUGAAGCCAUAUGUUUGUUCUAUUGCACAGUGCGGAAAAAGCUAUACUGAUCCGUCAUCGUUGCGAAAGCAUAUAAAGACUGUUCAUGGCGAUGAAGCCUACGAAAGAGCAAAAAAGAAUAGGCCACAUAAUACUGGAGGAAGGCGAAAGAAAAUCAGCCCAAUUAUGCGUUCGACUCCCUUAAAUAUCCUCCAACUUGCCGCAAUUCAGCAGCAAAUGUCCCAAACCGACAAAACAAAGGAGUUUGGUAUGGACACCGAAACGGCUUCGAGUGAAGAACAGGAUCAUAUAGAGGAGGAGUCAAAUGUCAACGAGACAUCUACCACAUCUCCGUGUUCCGAAGACUUCAACAGUGUCAAUUCUGGCGGAGGAGAUGAUCGAGAUCGGACAUUGUCGCAAGGAUCUGUAGUCUCAGGCUCAGGAUCGGCUUCUGUGGCCGCACCAAGUCCUGCUGGAUCCUCGUCCUCCUGUCACUCUGGUGGCACUGGCGCAUCCAGUGCUUCCUCUAGCAGCCAGCAACACUCAAAAGGUUUCUUUAUUGACCAGAUUCUCAGUGAUGUAAGCAAAGCAACAAGCUUAGCUGAUCAGAAACGAUUGUUCCAUGCUGCUUUCGCCCAUCCAGAUUUCCGCUGGGAGAUGUUGUCCAAUUACAAUCUGCCUAAUAUAGAUGCGCUCAUCAGCAGUGUAAGAGAGAAAGUUCAACCACUAAUGCUUGAUCGAUUUUACACUCCAUCUCCUGAAUCGAACGUUGAUUCGGAUUUCCUCCCUGGAAGUUUGGCAAAGAAAGCUUCUCUCAGAGGAGAGCCGUGGAAGAAACACGAAAAGAAAGACAUGUGGUCAACGGGAACUAUUUCUGAUAAUACUACAUUGUCCAGUUCAAGUCCUACAAAUACAGCGACAUACGAUGACGAUGACGAUUUGGUCGAUGACCCAGCGCCUUCGGGUACAUUCGAUGACCUUUCCUGUCCGGACUCUCAAGGUGGCGUCGCCGUUGCUACUCGCCACUCAUACCAUCUUUCUGGUCGAUUUUCUUGCAUUCGUGAAAAGUACAAGUUGGGUAUGUUGGAUAUGGAACAGUUUUCUGACGAAGACGCUGUCCUACUCAGUGAUGCAACUUAUGGGGCUGAAACAGAGCAGUUAGACUGUGCAGCUACAGAGGAAAGCAUCGCACCUGAGACGGGGUUGGCUAAUUCAUCAUUGGGUAUGCUGAUGACAGGACGUUGUUCUAUGGCAAGUGACUGUAGUUCCACAUUGAGCUCUCAAGCGCACUAUGUACAUGGGUCGUACACUAGCAUUGACUCACAGAUCUUAUCGGAUGCGAAUAAUUUGGAACCGAGUGCUCUCAAUCCUGACUACGGUCAUUAUUCGCAGACGGAUAUGAACGAUGAAUACGUGCCUCGCAUCUCUCCACCGCUUGUGCCGCAUUUUGAGCAGUCUUUCAUGCCUAUGGAACAUCUUUCCGAGACAGAUAACACCUCUCCAGUAUCAGCACUGGUUCUCUCUACACAUCCUCGUUCUGAGCAGGAGUAUAGUCGCCGUCACAUGCAGGCAUUGCAAAAUAUUGCGGAUGAGGGGUUGUUGCUGAGCGAACCUCUUCCUCCAUCUGAACGUCUGCUUUACCGACCUGGCAUGGAUAUCUUGAAUGCUGGCAUUCUUGUUCAAGCACAUGGACAUUGUGAGCCAGUCUGGUAUACCCAAGGAGAACAAUAUCAUAUCUUUAGUGAAGCGGAGGCAAUCAGAUCUGCGGAAGAAACAGCGGAGGUGUUCACAACCGAUUUAGUUGAGUCCGAAUGCGGAACAACCGUUCUGCCUGAUGACUUUGAUGGCGUCCGAGAUAUUCCGGAUUUCCAUCUUGAUCGUGACAACUUCAUCCGCGAUUAUCUCGACGAGGAAGCACUAUCGUUGUCCAUGAAAAAUCUCAACGUUGUAUGCCGUGAUCACAACCCUCAAAGUCCAACUGAAAAUUAG